GUCGCACAAAGUUGACGUCAUCGAUCACGUUCACUCAGCUGUUCCCAUCACAUCGCGGAGGCAGGAAGGGAUUUCAUUUAAAAAAACAUUUUAAUAAUCAUUUCAGGUUCAUUAUAUCGACAUGAAUUUGCCUGCCUUCCUGGUAAACUGCUUCGUCAGUGGCAGGAUGAGGCCCCUCAGAGAUGCUCAGCUGGGGGCCUUCACCUUCUUUGCCUCUGCUCUCCCUCAUGAUGUUUGUGGGAGCAAUGGCCUCCCUCUCACCCCCAACUCCAUCAAAAUCCUAGGACGCUUUCAGAUCCUCAAGACCAUCACUCAUCCCAGACUCUGCCAGUAUGUGGACAUCUCCAGAGGGAAACACGAACGGCUGAUUGUUGUUGCUGAACACUUUGAGAGCAGUUUAAGAGAUUUCCAGAAACAGGGGAAAACUGCCAGCCCAGAGAAGGUGCUGCAGAUUGCGUUUGAGGUCCUUGAAGGUCUGGAGUUUAUGAACAAACAUGGUAUGGUGCACAGAGCCCUCAGUGCACACAAUGUGCUGAUGGACUGCAAGGGGAAUGUCAAGCUGGCGAAGUUUGGCCUUUAUCACAUGACUGAUCAUGGGGCCGACGUAGAUUUUCCCAUUGGGUACCCAUCAUACCUUGCUCCAGAGGUGAUCGCUCAGGGCUCUUUCCACCCCAGUGACCCCUCACACGAUGAGGCUCCUCUACCCUCAGGGCCAAAGACUGAUGUCUGGUCUCUUGGGGUGCUGCUCUUUGAACUGUGUGCAGGUAGACGACUGCUGCAGAAUAUUGAUAUAAGCGAGAGAUUGAAAUUCAUUCUAACCUUGGGUUGCAUGGAUGACAUUGUCACUGUCCUUGCUGAGGAACAUGGUUGCCUGGAUACAAUAAAGGAGCUGCCUGAGAAUGUUCUGGAGUUAUUAAGGAAAUGCUUGACCUUUCUUCCAUCCAAAAGGCCGACCCCUGCAGAGCUGCUGAGAGACCCCGUGUUCAGUGAGGUCUCGUGCCUCUAUACGCCCUUCCAGAAGCCUGUUAGCUUGUUCUCCUCCUCCCUACGCUGUGCACAUCUGGAGCUCCCAGAGGACAUAAGUGACCUUUGCAAAGAUGAUGAUGAAGACUACCUGUCAGAGCGGGCCAUAGAUGAGGUGUACCAUCUGUGGUGUCUGGCUGGGGGAGACCUGGAGAAGGAGCUGACCAUUAAGGAGAUCAUACAGUCCAAACCUCCAAUCUGCACACUGCCCAAUUUUGUCCUGGAAGAUGGGGAGUCAUUUGGCCAGGGCAGAGAUCGCAGUUUCUUGCUGGACGACACGACGGUGACACUGUCUCUGUGCCAACUCAGAAAUAGACUGAAGGAUGUCGCAGGAGAAGCCUAUUACCCUCUCCUGGAAGACGAACAGUCAAGUCUGCCCCAGUCCAACAGCAGCAAUGAGCUGUCGGCCACCGUCACGCUGCCACUCAUCAUCCGUGAGAGAGACACAGAGUACCAACUCAUCCGCAUCAUCCUCUUUGACAGGCUGCUCAAGGCCUAUCCUUACAAGAAGAACCUAGUGUGGAAAGAGGCCAGAGUGGAUAUUCCCCCUCUUGUUCGAGGAUUGGCCUGGGCUGCGCUGCUGGGCAUUGAGGGAGAUAUUCAAGCCAAAUAUGAGACCAUAGACAAAGAUACUCCCAUUCCAACUGACAGACAGAUUGAGGUGGACAUCCCACGCUGCCACCAGUAUGAUGAGCUGCUGUCAUCUCCUCAGGGCCACAUCAAGUUCAGGCGUGUGUUGAAAGCCUGGGUGGUCUCUCACCCUGACCUGGUGUACUGGCAGGGCUUGGAUUCACUUUGUGCUCCAUUCCUAUACUUGAAUUUCAACAAUGAAGCCCUGGCGUAUGCCUGCAUGUCUGCGUUCAUCCCCAAAUACUUGUACAACUUUUUCCUGAAGGACAACUCUCAUGUCAUCCAAGAAUACUUGACUGUCUUCUCCCAAAUGAUUUCCUUCCAUGACCCGGAGCUAAGCAACCAUCUAAAUGAGAUUGGCUUCAUCCCAGACCUUUAUGCUAUUCCGUGGUUCCUGACGAUGUUUACACAUGUGUUUCCACUGCACAAGAUCUUCCACCUGUGGGACACGCUGCUGCUGGGUAACUCCUCUUUCCCCUUCUGUAUCGGUGUGGCCAUAUUGCAGCAGCUCAGGGAUCGUCUCCUGGCGAACGGCUUCAAUGAGUGCAUCCUGCUCUUCUCUGACCUGCCAGAAAUUGACAUUGAACGUUGUGUCCGUGAGUCCAUCAACCUCUUCUGCUGGACUCCAAAGAGUGCCACAUACCGACAACACGCUCAGCCGCCAAAGGUCGCCGGCGACAACGGCUUCGGGAAGACAACGACAUACUACUCAUCUGACUACCAGGACAUGCCUAAGACAGACCUGUCUCGGGAGCCUCUGGCACUGUGUGACCUGAAAGCAGAAGUGUCCCCCAGGAUCUCGGCUGAGGACUUAAUUGACCUCUGUGAGCUGUCAUUGACCGGGCCCACCAAGCGGACCAAAGCUGGCAAGCCCAAAAUCGUUGCUGUCGACAUCCGCAGCCAAGAGGACUUCAGCAGAGGCCAUAUUUCUGGCAGCAUCAACAUUCCCUUCAGUGCAGCGUUCAGCCCUGACGGUGAGCUGGUGCAGUGUCCUGCAACAGGAAUCCUCCAGAACUACAGAGGACGGGUCAUUGUGGUCAUCAGCCACGCCAUGAAGAGUGCCGCCAUGUUUGCAGCACACAUGGUCAAAGUCAAUUUCCCACGGGUUUGUAUCCUGGAUGGAGGGAUCAACAAGCUGAAGCCCACCGGUAUCCUGACUGUCCCCUCCCCUCAGAUCUGAGCCUGAUCCACCCACUUACAGUAACUAAAGGGACGAGUGGAAGGACUGUAUAUUUCAUUCUGGGCUGAUACUGAAGUGUCAUUAUUAUACUUACACAUUCUGAUUAAACUGUGGUGCACAAUGACUAACUGCAUUGAAAUAAUUGAAAUUAUGAAAUUAUUCCCUUGUUAACCUGGUUUAUAUUCAUUGCCAUAUAAACUUACAAGCUGAUUGUUUUUUUGUAAUUUUCUUUUUCAAAACAAGAAUGAAUGAAUCAUUUGAAUUUUCCUGGAACAACUGCUCUGUGUUGUUGUAGCUUUGCACUGAUAAACUAAGCUAUCUGUGUCCAAUAUAGUCUGUCUGUUCUGAGCCAGUUCAUCUGGGGAAGUUUAUUAAAUGUUUAUGUGUUUAUGUGAGAAACAAUAAAAAUAACUUUUUGUGAAUUUA